AUGGUUUACGACCAGAAGAAUUGGAUUGGGCUUAAUACCGGAAGUUUCUUGCUUCGGAACUCGCAAUGGGCCCUUGAUUUACUCGACGCUUGGGCUCCAAUGGGCCCGAAAGGGAAAAUCCGGGAAGAAGCGGGUAAAGUCGGCGAUGGUUUAUCUCCUGGCCACGGAGAGGGAGAAAUGGGAGGGAAAGUGUAUCUAGAGAGUGGUUAUUACUUGCAUGGUUAUUGGGGGAUUUUGGUGGACCGGUACGAGGAGAUGGUCGAGAAUCAUAAACCGGGUUUUGGAGACCAUCGGUGGCCGCUUGUUACUCAUUUCGUCGGGUGUAAACCGUGCGGGAAAUUUGGUGAUUAUCCGGUGGAAAGGUGUCUACGUCAGAUGGACAGAGCGUUUAAUUUUGGGGACAAUCAGAUACUUCAGAUGUAUGGGUUCACUCAUAAGUCGUUAGGGAGUCGGCGCGUGAAACCAACGCGCAACCAGACGGAUAGGCCGCUUGAUGCCAAGGACGAGUUUGGGCUGCUUCAUCCGUCGUUUAAAGCGGCGAAGCUCACGACGUGA